GAGCGGGGCCGGCGGCGGGGCCCGCGGCCGCAAUAGGAGCCGAGCCGAGCUGAGCCGGGCCGGGCGAUGCGGCGGUGAGCGCGGCGGGGCCGGGCGCCGCCGCGAUGCUCCGCCGCAGCCUCAGCCGCCUGUGUGCUGGGGAGGAGAAGCGGGUCGGUACACGCACCGUGGUGGUCGGGCACCGUCCUGUUUCAGAAACAGAGGCGUGUGUGGCACAGAAGUUCUGCGACAACAGGAUUGUCUCCUCCAAGUACACCCUCUGGAACUUCCUCCCGAAGAACCUUUUUGAACAGUUUAGAAGAAUUGCCAACUUCUAUUUCCUGAUCAUCUUCCUCGUGCAGGUUAUAGUGGACACCCCAACCAGCCCAGUGACCAGUGGCCUCCCGCUCUUCUUUGUCAUCACUGUCACAGCUAUCAAACAGGGGUACGAGGACUGGCUGAGGCACAGAGCUGACAAUGAAGUGAACAAGAGCAAUGUCUUCGUUGUCGAAAAUGCAAAGCAAGUGCGGAAAGAGAGUGAAAAAAUCAAGGUUGGUGACAUAGUAGAAGUGAAAGCAGAUGAGACUUUCCCCUGUGACUUGAUAUUUUUGGCCUCCAGCAGCAUUGAUGGGACCUGUUAUGUCACUACAGCGAGUCUUGAUGGCGAGUCCAAUUUCAAGACUCACUAUGCAGUGCGGGAUACCACCGUGCUCUGUACAGAUGAAGCCAUCGACACCCUCACUGCCACCAUCGAGUGUGAACAGCCACAGCCUGACCUCUACAAAUUUGUUGGAAGGAUUAUCAUCUACAGAAGUAACCAGGAGCCCGUAGCCAGGUCUUUGGGUCCUGAAAACCUGUUGCUGAAAGGUGCUACCCUCAAAAAUACCAAGAAGAUUUAUGGAGUUGCAGUCUAUACUGGAAUGGAGACGAAAAUGGCUCUGAACUACCAAGGGAAAUCUCAGAAACGGUCUGCAGUGGAAAAAUCUAUCAACGCUUUCUUGAUAGUGUAUUUGUGCAUCCUAUUGAGCAAGGCCACUGUGUGCACGACUCUGAAAUACGUCUGGCAGAGUAAUCCAUUUAAUGAUGAGCCUUGGUACAAUGAAAAGACUAAAAAAGAGAGAGAGACGUUCAAGGUCUUGCGGAUGUUCACGGACUUCCUGUCAUUUAUGGUUCUCUUCAAUUUUAUUAUCCCAGUCUCCAUGUAUGUUACAGUAGAGAUGCAGAAGUUCUUGGGCUCCUUCUUCAUCUCUUGGGACAAGGAGAUGUACGAUGAAGAAAUAAAAGAGGGAGCGUUGGUGAACACCUCAGACCUGAACGAAGAGCUCGGGCAGGUGGAGUACGUCUUCACGGACAAAACCGGCACCCUGACAGAGAACAGCAUGGAGUUCAUCGAGUGCUGCAUAGAUGGGCACAAGUACAAAGACUGCAUGUCGGAGGUGGAUGGCUUCUCUCAGACUGAUGGACUCCCAAAAUACUGUGGCAAGGCAGAAAAGAGCCGCGAGGAGCUGUUCCUGCGGGCCCUCUGCCUGUGCCACACGGUUCAGAUCAAGGAAGCAGACCAGGUGGAUGGGCUGAUAGGACACCCAGAGCGCAAAUACACCUACAUCUCCUCUUCCCCAGAUGAAAUCGCUUUGGUGAAAGGCGCAGAAAAGUAUGGUUUCACUUUUCUAGGACUUGAAAACGAUUUCAUGAAAAUACGAAACCAAAAGAAUGAAACUGAGAUGUACCAACUUCUCCACGUGUUGAACUUUGACCCUGUCCGUCGCCGUAUGAGUGUCAUUGUGAGAACCACCACAGGAAAGUUGCUUCUCUUCUGUAAAGGAGCAGACUCCUCUAUUUUUCCAAGGGUGCAGCAAGAAGAAAUCCAACAAACAAAAGUCCAUGUGGACCGCAAUGCUAUGGAUGGCUAUCGAACACUCUGUGUGGCCUUCAAAGAAUUAACUCAAAAGGAGUAUGACAAAAUUGACAGACAGCUCAAUGAAGCUAAGAUGGCUCUGCAGGACAGGGAGGAGAAGAUGGCCAAGGUUUUUGACGACACAGAAGCAGACAUGCACCUGAUUGGGGCUACUGCUGUAGAAGACAGGCUGCAGGAGCAGUUGGCAGAGACAAUUGAAGCUCUGCAUGCAGCUGGCAUGAAGGUUUGGGUGCUGACAGGAGACAAGAUGGAAACUGCCAAAUCCACCUGCUACGCCUGCAGGCUCUUCCAGACCAGCACUGAGCUGCUGGAGCUAACAGCAAGGACUGUGGGUGAGAGCGAAAGGAAGGAGGAUCGGCUCCAUGAGCUGCUGAUGGAGUACCAUAAAAAGCUGAUUCAGGAUGUUCCCAAAACCCGGGGAGGCCUGAAGAGAAGCUGGACGUUGAGUCAAGAGUACGGACUGAUUAUAGAUGGCUCGACGCUGUCGCUGAUACUCAACCCUUCUCAGGACUCUGGUUCUAGCAAUUACAAAAACAUAUUUCUACAAAUCUGCUUGAAGUGCACUGCAGUCCUCUGCUGCCGGAUGGCUCCUUUGCAGAAAGCACAGAUUGUGCGAAUGGUGAAGAACACAAAAGGAAGCCCGAUAACCCUCUCCAUAGGGGAUGGUGCAAAUGAUGUUAGUAUGAUUUUGGAAGCACAUGUUGGAAUAGGUAUAAAAGGCAAAGAAGGACGGCAGGCUUCCAGAAACAGCGACUAUGCUGUGCCAAAGUUUAAACAUUUAAGAAAACUGCUACUAGCACAUGGGCAUUUAUAUUAUGUGAGAAUAGCACACCUUGUACAGUAUUUCUUCUAUAAGAACCUUUGCUUCAUUUUACCGCAAUUUUUAUACCAGUUCUUCUGUGGAUUCUCACAGCAGCCACUGUAUGAUGCUGCUUAUCUGACCAUGUACAACAUCUGCUUCACAUCACUACCUAUCCUGGCUUACAGCCUCCUGGAGCAGCACAUCAGCAUCGACACACUGACCUCGGAUCCUCAGCUGUACAUGAAGGUUUCAGAUAAUGCAAUGCUGCAGUGGAGGCCGUUCCUGUACUGGACCUUUCUGGGCGCUUUUGAAGGACUCGUGUUUUUCUUUGGGGUUUAUUUUCUGUUUCAGAAUUCAUCGUUGGAAGAUAACGGAAAGAUUUUUGGGAACUGGACCUUUGGGACGAUUGUUUUCACCGUGCUGGUGUUCACCGUCACUCUGAAGCUAGCGUUAGAUACCCGAUUCUGGACGUGGAUGAACCACUUUGUGAUUUGGGGAUCCCUUGCCUUCUACGUGUUUUUCUCAUUCUUUUGGGGAGGAGUCAUUUGGCCUUUCUUGAAGCAGCAAAGAAUGUAUUUUGUAUUUGCUCAUAUGCUGACUUCUGUUUCCACAUGGCUGGCAAUAAUUCUCCUGAUCUUUAUCAGCCUUUUCCCAGAAAUUCUUCUAAUAGUUUUAAAAAAUAUAAAAGAGAAAAAUCAUCAGAGCAGCAGGAAGGCACCUGAUUCACUGUCGGCCAGACCUUCUGUCAGACCACUUCUUUUAAGAACGUUCUCAGAUGAGUCUAAUGUGUUGUAAAGGCUGGCCCCUUUGAUCUGCCUGUGUUAGUCUCAUACAAACGUAUAGAGAAUGGUUAUGUGAAGACUGAAGAUGCUAUUACUAAUCUGGCAGAAAGAUAUCCUCUCAGGAUACUUUAAAGUGCUCCAUACAAACACUGCGUAUUGUCAUGCUGUAGGACAAAACCCAUGGUUUUAACCUAACAGUUCUCUUUGAUAUUACCAAGGACUGUAAGCAGCCAUGCUGAAAGAGCAGCAGCCCAGGGCACUGGCCCCACGGUACCUGUUUGUCUUUGGUCUUGUGGUUUCCCCACCCUCCCAGAACAACAAUUCUGCCAAAUUCUACGUCAUUGGAGGCUGAGAAAGCAUCUUUAGAAAUUCAUCCAAAAUGGCAUGAAUCAAAAUGCAAGAGUGCAGUGCCAGCCCCAUUUCACACGGGGGCUUCCUCUGCCCACUGCAGAUCUGAGAGCAGCAGAGAGCUGCUCAAGUCUCUUGCUCUCCUGACCAAAGAAGUAGCACAGACUUAAACCCAGUAACAGCCCCAUCCGACUCCCUGAAGGCACUGGGAAAAGCUUGCUCCUCUCCCAUGGAAUCUGGAUGCAGCCCUGAGAGCGUCUCUCCUGGUUCUGGGGCUGCGAUCCCUCAGCAGGGGCUGCCCCCUCCCAGCCGUGGGUGCCAGAUGCACGUGGCAGAAUUACUUGAAAAUUCGGGAGAAAUCUUUUGCUGAUCCCUCCUCCAGGUAUGGCUGGAAGCAGGUAUGGGCUGCCCACAGUGAUGGUGUCCGUGUGGAGACCUGCAGUGCUGGGAAGCACCUGAGCAUCCUCCCGUGGCCGGUUUGCUGAUGGGUUUAUUCCUGCUGGAGGGUGAAGAAAAGGUUGUUCUGUGGCUGUUCAUGAUGGAAGGAAGCUUUUGUGGGGGAGGAAGGAAUCCCAAAAGUUGGACUGUGGCAGACUCUGAGCCUCUCUGCCCAGGCUCCUGUGGCUGUGCUUACAUUACUGCACUGUGCAGUACUUUAAAGGCCUGAGUGACGGUGCAGUCCUUGGCUGAUCCCAGGGACAUAGGAUGUGCCUGUGAACCUGCAGGCGUAUAAAACUGCAUCUUGAGUUAUUUGCACUAAGAAAAAAGAAGCCAGUUUAAAAAUAAAAGGAGUACAUGAACCCGAUUUCAUUUUACAUUUUUUUUUUUGGUUUUUAAAUUGGCAUGUUCUUUUGAAAUCUACCUGUACCAUGGUCGUAGGAAUUCUUCUCUUUAGGUCAUGCACAGCAGAGGUGAGAUGCCUGACUCUUAAUAUUUUUAUUUUUUUUUUUCUCUGAUACUUCCUAUGUGGAAAGAGCAGCUUUUUUUGUUGUGUUAAGUCAUAAGCAGUGACAGAGCACCCUGUGUGCCACCGUGGGUUGGUGUGACGGUCCCUCCCUCGUGCCGAUUUCCCCCGGCCCCGGCGCUCUUCGGAGUGGGGCAGAGGAACUACUGUGAGAAGCUUCAAGUCUCAUUUCAGAAGCAACAAGCUCUGAUGCUGCUGGGUUUGGCUCCCGCUUGCUCAGGCUUCAUGUCAUUUACAUACAAUGAAACAGUUUGGGACUGGAUGGAAUGUUCCCCUCACCAAAUUUUGUUAAACUGCAGACUACUGAUUUUUUGGAAGAAUCGAGUCUCGCUCUCUGGCUGCCACCCCUGUGGUCCGUCUUCAGCUGGUGCAGAUCAGCUGCUGGCAAAUUCUUCUGCGCGUCGCAAGGACUUUGGAUGGGCCUUACCUGAGUGGGAGAGGGGUGUGCACAGUCCCUGUGGCCGGUGGCUGCUUUGACAUCACCCAGCAUGGGAGGGGAAGGAUGGACAGGACCACUGUAUUAUACACGCUGCACUGGCCUCAACGCAAGUGGUGUCUGCACCGUGUCAGCGACUGCGGCUCAACUCCUUGCUGCAUGCAAGUAAGGAGCUGCACUGCCAGCAUGUGUCCCAUGGGCAAAGCUUUUGUUUUCUUCUUCUUUUUUUUCCCUUUUCCUAGCUCAUUCACGGACUUAGAAUUCAACUUGCAGACCUUGUCCCGUUCUCAAGUUUUCUUGCUAAAAUGUGGUGCCUACAGAUCAAGUAUACAAUGAAUACAAUGAAGAUAUGCUCUAUAUGCCAAAUCUAACCUUUCUCCUUAAAUAUACAGUUGCUGACUUGUGUUUACAUAACCUUUAAAAUGUAGGCACUAAAAUGCCUAAUUCCUGUGAUUCAAAACCAUUCCAAGCCCGAAUGGUCCCAAGCCUCACACCUUGCUUCUCUGUUUUGUGUCACGCUCUACUCUGAGGUUCCAAGUCUGUUCCCCUGGAAUUCUACUGGAGGUUCUGCUGGUGAUGUUAAUGGGAAGAGUGAAACUUGCCAUGUAUGUGUGAACUGUCCAAAUAGUCACUUAAACAGGCUAAUUUCUGCAGCCUGUUUGAAGACAGAGCCUUCUGAGAACCAAAUCUCUUCUUGUUUCCAAGUGUCUGGUCCCCACUGGAUUGCAGUAGCUGUAUGUUCAAACCCAAGGUGUGUGUGCUGACUGGUGGGGUGGAUUUAAUGUGAAAUUUCUUGAACAGCAGCUCUUUUAGGAAAAUGCAAGUUUUCUUGGGCUUGGAUCUUCAGCUAGUGCACUGGUGUAGUGCUGGGUGCCAGGACCACCAGGUUGCCCUGGACCUGCAGAAGAGCUGAUCCUCAUCAUUCAGUAAUGUAAUGGCAAAAAUGAAAUUCCUGUUGCUGUGGGUGGCUUGUGAAAUCAGGGGAAACAGGAGACUCCUUUUGAGGUUAGAGAGGGGAAGAAAAAGUAGUGAUAGUGACUGUAAGGUGUAAGGCAGCAGGAUGCUGAAGUGGUGAUAAUUCGAGAGCAGUGCUGUGGUGGUUGUUCGUGUUUCACGAUACCCACUGCACUGUGACGGUGCUCCUCGGUGAGCUAAAUGGUCAGUACAGGCUUAUCAGUGGAAAAUCUUGAAGGAAAAAAGGCUGGGUUUUUCUCAUAAUAAUUCGUUGAAGUUUAAUCACUGACUAGUGACAUUGAAAGAUAAGGAAAGUAAUUAAGAUUCCCUCUAAAACUGUUACAUGAUAACAGUGGAGCUUGGUGUAGUCAUAGCGACUUCUCAAACACUAAUCCUAAUCGUUAUGAGAAUAUUAUAAAUUACUUGGAAUUGCAUAAAAGCUUCAAAUUGAAUUUGUAUACACACAGUUGAAAAACUUACCUAAUACUGCAGCAUUUAUCCAAUUUCCCAGCUACGAAUUUUUUUAAAAAACAUGUAGUAUAUAGAAAAUGUAAAUUAUAUACAGGCAAUGAGCAGAUACAUUUUCAGCUUCUUGCAAAAAAAAAGGACUGCAACCUUACAUUUUUUUCACUUAAAUGCAAUUUUAUACAUUUAUGUUGCUUUAUAUAAAGGAAAUUGAAUGUGAAUGUUACCUUUUAUGAAUGCAACUUGCUCUUUUUUCAUUACAGAAACUUUUGUUUGAAGUAAUCAAUAAACUUUGGUAUGUUGUUCUGAUUAA